GUCCCUCAAACAAGAUAAAUGUAACUGUUGCUUUCCAAAUGAUAAGAAACCCUGUCAAACAAUGUAUGUGGUGCCAUCUAUGACAGCAUUAUACAGUAUCAUGCAUCAAUACCACCGGCACCUUUUUGGAAAAAAACAGCGAUGCCCAUGAUUGGUCAGCUGACCCAUGGAGCAUAUGCAAAUGUUUUAUAAAUGCUCCUGGGUACAAGAAUAAGACAUCGGCAGUCGAUACAGAUUGUACAGGGUUGCUUCAUGUUAUCAUAAAUAACACAUAUUUUCAUAGUCAUAUUGGAUGCAAUGUUACAGGACCAAACAAUCUUUUUUCAAAGGUACGGCAGUAUCAAAAUGAGAUUUUAAACAGUAUGGAGUUAGAGGAGAGUAAGGCUGAUUGUUAUAUUGAUGAUAUGAUGGCUGUUCUUCAAGAUAGUAAGGAACUUGUACAUCGACAAGAUGCACAACAAGCUAUUGGUAAACUUCAAGAUCUAAAGCAAAAAGACCAUGCUAUUACUAUUGAAUGCUCUGAAGAAAUUUUGAAACAAAUCAAAGAUGAAAUGACAAAAAUGUGGGAAUUUACUGAAAAUGCUGCAGCUGAAGAGGAAUAUGAGGAGCUCAAAAAUAAAUUUAUUGAACUUGAAGGACAGUUGGCAAAAGAAAGAGAGGGACAACUUGAGGCUGGGAAAGAACAGAAAAGAAAGUUUACUGAACCUGAGGCAGUUAUAACAGAGAAAAUACAGGAGAUAAGACUCGAGCAACAAAAACACUUAGAAUAUGAUAAGAAAAAAUCAGAAUGGCAGAAAGAGUUGAUAGCGUCAUACUGUAAGAAUUUGCUAAAAGUACCAGCAAUGCCUUUACUACCACGAGGUCAGCAAUGUAACUUCAGUGAGAUUUAUAUAAGGCCUAGUAUAACAAGAGAAAUAAAAGAAGAGAAAGGGGAGACAAAGGAGAUUGAGGUCAAGUCAAUGUCAGAAAUCUUCAUAAAGAAUGGUGUGCCUUUGAAACAUAUAUAUCUUCUUGGAGAUGCAGGGUCUGGUAAGAGUAGUUUCUGUAAAUAUAUGGUCGACUGUUGGUGUAUUGCACACAGUGAUGCACAAAAAGUGCAAGAUGAGUUUGAAGGAGUCAAGGAAAUGAAGAAAUUUGAUUUAAUGUUUUAUAUCUCCCUUAGACAUUAUCAAGACAUAGACAGUGUCCAGGAUAUGAUUAAAAAUCGGUAUGAUAUUGACAUUUCAAGCCCAUUUCUCGAAAAGGACUCUGCAGAGAUUAUAAUAUUGCUUGAUGGCUUAGAUGAAUGGUCUUAUGAAAGAAAGUCCUACAAUCACUUUCAGACAAUGGGUCUCCCAAAACAGGAUGUUAAUAAAGACUACACAAUCAUAACUACAUCACGGCCAUGGAAAGUUCACACCUUAGGAAUAAGUGAGACAGAAAUUGAACAAUUACUGAAUCUGAAAGGGUUUGAUUUGAGAUGUGAAAGGGAACUGAUAGAUAGAACAGUCUCACAAUUAAAUUCCAGCAGGCAUGCUAGUAAAGAUGCCAGUGUUUUAGAACAAAAGCUAAAAGAAAAGUCUCUGAAAAGUUUAAAACAGCUACCAAUAAUGCAACAACAACUGAUAUGUCUAUCGUUUGAUGGUAAACUUGAUAAAACCUCAAGAUGUGCCAUCUACACUGGUAUGUUAGAACUUUUCUUCACCUGGAAUGACAUGAGAACCACAGAAACAAGUACUCAACUCCUGAAGUGUGCUCAGAAAGUAGAUCUUCCUAAAUAUCUAGCAGAUAAAAACAUAUUAAAAUUAAACAGCCAUCUCAUUUGUGAUGUGUCACAGUUGGCUUAUGAGACACUAUUUAAUUGUCCGAAGGAUAAUUCUUUGACAUUUGAUAUUUGUAUGUUUGAUGAACUAGACAUAUCAGAUAAAGUAAGAGACAAGUGCUUGAAACUUGGAAUAAUUACAGAAGAUGAACGUCCAGGUUUAUCUGUAGCAGAACCACCAAGGUCAUUGUUCUCUUUCAUUCACAAAUCAAUGCAAGAAUUUCUGGCUGCAGUGAAUAUUUGUAUCAGGUUCAAUGCAAAAAUUGGUUUGUCAGAUAAUACAGGAAAUGUUGAAUUAGCCAAGAAGUUUAAUAAUGAGGUUUUUCAGAAAUGUUCAACAGUAAAUGACAUAUUAGAGCAAUCAAAUGUCGUAAUUAUGCUAUGUGGUCUUGAACCUAGACUAGCAACACAUGUGUCAAAAUACAUAUAUGAUAUGGUGUCAGAAGACUCUCGUGUUCAGGAAUACAGGAGAAAAAUGAAUAGUGACAUUUAUAUGUAUCAUCAUUGUAUAACUGAUAUUCAAAAGCUUAUGUUUGAUUCAAUGGAAGAAUUAAAUGCAACAUGCAGUGUAGAAAGUCGUCCUGUAUUUUAUAUAGGAGAUUUGGUCAUUAAUAUAAUGAAUCAAUGUUGUGAUAGUGUUUGUACAAGCAUUGAUCAGAAACAAAUUGCUACUGACUCUGUUCUGUCUAUUAAUGUAGAUGAUUUCCACACAAAAAAUGUUAAAUUUACAAAAUAUUUACCAAUGUUUCAUCAUCUUGAAACAAUUACAAUAAGUUAUGGAUAUGAAUCACAAAGUUUAUUCAGUACACAAAGUGAUGAACAGAGGAUUAAUGAUAUUAACAAUUGUGUUUCUGAGACAUUUAAAGGAAAUACUUUAACAUUAAAAUCUCUGUCUCUUGAUGGUGUCUCUUAUACUGACAAGUAUUACCCAUUGUAUAAAACAGUUGUAAGCUAUCUACCUAGUUUGAUCAAUCUUGUAGCAAUAAGUACAACUUAUAUAGCAAUGAGGCAUGAUGAUACCACUACAUUUUAUAAUUUUCUUGAGAGAACAAGUCAUCUUGAGCAAAUACAUCUUGAGUCUGUUUAUUGUGAGUGUAGGAAGCAGCAUGAUGUAAAUUUAUCAAAACAUAAACAACUUCAGUAUCUUAAUGUGAAUAAUGAUGUAAGUGUGAUAGAUGCUGAUACUACAAACCUUGAAAUAUUUAGAUUUCAUGAAUUGAAAGAUACUAAUUAUGAGAAAAUGUUUGAUAUUAUUAGAAAAUCUUACAAAUUAAAAGAACUUGAAUUGUAUGGAGAUUAUGGCAAUAAAUCUCAAUUAUAUCAUACCAACAUAACAGAGAGACUUGUCAAAGUAUUACCAUUGUUACACAAUCUCAGUAAGCUUCAGUUACAUACAUGUAGGUUAACUGACAAUAUCAUACAGCUACCUUUAGUGAUGAAGAGUUUAAAGAACAUUAAGCUUUUUUUUGUCACAAUGAGUUUGACAACAUGGCAGAAGUUUGUUAAUAGUCUUCCUGGUAUUCCUCGUACUGUGGUUGUGAGUGUAAAGCACUGUUAUAUGACAGGAGAUGGUGAGGAGUUUUAUGAUGAUUGGAUUCAAAGAUGUAGAGGAGGGAAGAUAAAUGAUGCUAUACAGUAUUUAAAAGACCUGGAUCAUUUAUUUCAUGUGAAAGACCACAGUUCAGGCCACUUUUCUUUCAUAAAUAUACAAGAGAAAUGUUCUGAAUGGGAUAGAUGCAUCACAAGUGGAAGUGAAUCAGCUGCAAAAAUUUUAAUAGAAAAAGAAAUUUUACCAUCUCAAAGAGAGUUGCACAAUGCUUGUCGUGUUUUUGGAGUGGAUUCACACAUACUUUCUGAAAUAUGCACUGUGAUAAGCAAACAUAUCAGAAAAAAAUCAAAAAAUGUCAUUGAUGUAAGGCCAUCCUAUCGAAAUGAUCAUGUUCUUUCAAGUAGCUAUGUCUCUAUUGUUUUUAUAGUAGUGGUUAAGAAAAAUCCCAGAUAUUUAGUAUCCAAAGAUAAUUAUGAAUGCUACAUAAAGCAUGAAAAUGACUACAGUUCUGAAGGAGAAAUUGUAGCUGUUAAAGAAAUGGAAUCUGAUACUAGUGACAUUCAAUCUUCUGAUGCUGUUCUGGAAAAUAUUAGAAAAUGUGUCAACAAGAAUGCUGAUGAUCUUCUUCAAAAACAUAGUAAUCUUAAUGUGAUUUUACCAAGUUUGAUGAAGUCAGUAGGUUAUACGUCAGGCAAACAUGACAUUAAGAUUAAACCUUGCAUAGCUCUCUAUGUUUCAGUAAAGGGAUAUAUACCUCUAAAUGAGACACCAUUUGAAAAGGAAAUUGAUGGAUUCCCAACAGAUGUUUUGGAAGGAGAGUUUGAACCAUUUAUAGGAGGACCAAAUCAAUACCACGAACAUCUUAAGAUGGGUGUUGCAAUACAUGCCAAUGUUUUAAUUGGAGAUACAAUCUUAGGGGGGACUCUUGGAGGAUUUAUAAACCAUUCAGUGCAUGGAUUAUGUGGAAUAACAAGUGCACAUGUUGUUUAUGAUAGUGCUGAAUUAGCAAGGGUGAAAAAUGCUCAAGAAUUAAGUGUAGUAAAGACAGUUUAUCAGCCUGUAAAUGAAUGCAUGUCAGCAUUUGGUGAAGUUGUUCUGGCUGUUUAUAAUGAAGGAAGUGAGUCUGAAUCUGGAAUGGAAGUUGCUCUUAUAAGCAUAAAAAAUAGGCAACCAAAGGAUGGAAGUUUUCCUGAAGCAUCCAAUUAUAAGGAAGCAGGGUUUGACUCAAGCAAUCAAUUGUGCUUUAACUCUGGUGAAGUGUGUGAAAUAUCAAACCUUAAGCGAAGGACUGAAGUUUACAAAUUUGGCAUGAGCUCCGGGAUAACAAGAGGAAGUUUUGCAUUGUACGGAGGAAUAGUACGUAAGGAUAUGUUAGGACAAGGUAACGGUUUUGGAAUUAAUCUAAAAAAUCAAAUGAAAAUUGUUCAAAUUGGAGAGAACCCUUUCGCAGAAUACGGAGAUUCUGGUGCAUUAGUUAUGAUAGAAGGAACACAUGAUUCAGCUGCUAUUGGCAUUGUGGAAGGUGGUAUGAAGGGUUGUGCAUUUGUCACCCCGAUUUGUGAUAUUUUAAGAGCUGUUGGUUGUACGGAUGGAAAAAUGUGCCAAUUUACGUCGGGAUGUAAUGCAGUUUUGACUGAUUCAGGAGUUGAAAUGGAUGUCUCUUAAAUACUUAUAGUUACAGACACGAAAAAAGAAAAUUGUAAAUGAAAUUUUGUGAUUUCAUAUUGUAUUGAGUGAUAUGCCCUGCUCAAAGGGAGGUGGGUAUUUAAAUUUGCCAUUGUCCAUCAGCCCAUCAGAGCGUUCUUGCAGUCUCAUGUUAUGUCACAUGAAGCUCUAAAUGUGCUUGAGCUAGUAUCAACAAACUUUACUGAAAUGUUGAUAAGCAAUGUAAAGUUGGGCACCUGGCGUUUCUUGUGUGGAUUAUUUAACUUUUGUCAGAGUAUUAUUGCUCCUUGACUUAACAAAUAGUUUGCAAUUGUCAGUUUGUGCCCCACGUAGCUCAAAACAUAAUUGACCUACAGUCAUGAAACUUUAUAGGAAUGUCUGUCAGCAUAAUAUGUAGGGGUGCACCUGUGGAUUUGCUUGUGAAUUUAUUCAAUACUUGCAAUUUUGUCUUGUGUCACAUAGCCCAACUUGUGUGUCACAUAGCCCAAACAGUUAUACUUGUACAUUUAUUUUACUAUUCAUAGAGUUAUUGCACUUAGCUAUGUAAAAAAUCAGUUUUCAUAGGUCGAUUUGCUCAUGGAACAAAAAACUUCUAGUUUACUUAUAUACCAUGUAGAAAUUUUGUGAACGCAACUCCUCUUAAACCAGAUGGCAGAUUUUUCUUAAACUUCCAGGUAUGAACAACCUUAUUGUGUAGAUGGAAGUAAAGGAAGGAAUUUUUGCUGCGACCAAAUUUAACAGAAUUAUGGCCCUUUGUUGAUUUUUUCACUAUAUACCAUAUAUAUGUUGUCAGUGGGGGCAUCCGUGUCCUUUUGACACAGUUCUAGUUUCUGUAAAUUUUUCAUUUCUUAUGGAAUCAAUUUCAAAUAUAUGUUCCUUAUCAUCAACCACAUCUUAUGUGACAAGAUUCAUAACUUUACACCAAUAUAUUCAGAAUAAUCUCCCUUUGAACUUAGAAUUAAGCUUAAAAAUAUAACUUCUUUACUUUUGAAGGUAUCUACUUCAAACUUCAAAUAUACAUUUCUUAUCAUUGCACACAUGGCGCGGACAAGGUUCAUAAGUCUAGCAUGACUAUUUCUAGAAUUAUUCCCCCUUGAACUUGGAGUUUAUCUAAGAAAAUGUUAUUUUAAAUGCGCAGGUCAAGUUGGAAUUUGAUCAUGGUUUGAUGAUUUGUGGCAGAGUUAUGUCCCUUUCACUUUGAAAAUAAUAUGAAAUUUUCAAUUUCCAUUCAUUAUCUUCCUCUAGGGUAUUACACAUUCAACUCAAAUUUGACAUAUGGAUACCACAAAAGAUUUGCACAGGUCAAGUUUGAAUUUUGUCAUGGUUAAAUGAUUUUUUUCAGAGUUAUGCCCCUUUAACUUUGAAAAAAAGGACGUUUUCAUUUCCCAUUUAUUAUCUUCCCGACAUAUAUUCAACUCAAAAUAAAGAUAUGGAUAUGUCAUUAGAAUGUAUUGGUCAAUUUCGAAUUUGGUCAUGGUUGACGAUAGCUGACAGACUUAUCUCUCUUGAACUUUGAAAAAAAAAUAGAAAUUUUAAGUUUCCGUUCAUUAUCUCCCCAAUGGUUGUACACAUUCAACUUAAAUUUGACAUAUAGAUACAUCUUAGGAAUAAGCAGUUCAAGUUUGAAUUUGGUCAUGGUUCAAUGAUUUUGGACAAACUUAUCUUUCUUGAAUGUUGGAAAAAUUUUGAAUUUUCAGUGUCAGCACUCAUACUUUUGUGGAAAUGUAUGUGGCCAUUAUUUUGGCUACAAAUAUGCAAUAUGCAAGUUACAAAAGGUUAAGACUGAAAAAUUUCAGUGCCUCUAACAUUGUAUAAAAAUGGUUUGUGUUAACAUUGAAUAGUUUUAAGGGCUUUGAACUCGCAAUGAAAAAAAUAAUUUGUGCAAACAAAUUUGGAACUAAAUAUUAUAACAUCUGAAAUUUUGGCUGCAUGCGGGGGCAUCUGUGACAUGAUGACACAUUUCUAGUUGCUAAUAUUAUAAAGUUGGGAAGGUAAAAUGACGGUAAAGAUUGGAUGCAUUUAUCAUUUUGCUUCCCAAAUGGCAUACUAAGAAGUGACACCUUUAACAUCCCUUUUUAUACACAUUAACAGUAGUCAUACCAAUGCACUGUACUGUACAUAUGUUAUUAUACCCCCACCACAAAAUGUGGACGGGGGGCUAUAAUGGAUUCGCUUUGUCGCGUCCGUCAGUCGGUCGGUCCGUCUGUCUCCAUUUUUGUGCCCGCUCUAUAAAUCCUAUACCAAUUGAAGGAUUUUUUUCAAACUUGGCUCAAAUGUUCACCUCAACAAGUGGAUGUGCAGAACCCAUGUUGCCCAUGUGUCAGCUCAAGGUCAAGGUCACAAUUGAAGGUCAAAUAUCAAACAGUCAAAUAUUAGACAGUAUGUCGUGUCCGCUCUGUAACUCCUACACUUAUUGAAAGAUUUUCUUCAAACUUGGCUCAAAUGUUCACCUCAACAAGGGGACGUGCAGAACCUAUGUUGUCCAUGUGUCAGCUCAAGGUCAAGGUCACAAUUGAAGGUCAAAUAUCAAACAAUCAAAUAUUGGACAGUAUGUCGUGUCCGCUCUGUUACUCCUACACUUAUUGAAAGAUUUUCUUCAAACUUGGCUCAAAUGUUCACCUCAACAAGGGGAUGUGCAGAACCCAUGUUGCCCAUGUGUCAGCUCAAGGUCAAGGUCACACUUGAAGGUCAAAUAUCAAACAAUGAAAUAUUAGACAGUAUGUCGUGUCCGCUCUGUAACUCCUACACUAAUUGAAAGAUUUUCUUCAAACUUAACUCAAAUGUUCACCUCUACAAGGUUAUGUGCAGAACCCAUGUUACCCUUUUGCCGGCUUAAGGUCAAGGUCACACUUGAAGGUCAAAAAUUGACUUAGAAAAUGUUCUUAAAUUUUAACAUGUAUUUGAAUAUUUCUGAAACAAGAAAAGGUAUUUGCUUGAAACUUAAAAUAUAUAUGAAGUGUCACAAUUAAGAUAUGCAGGUCAAGUUUCAUAACUCUGUAUUGCAUUUUAACAAAGUUCUGCCCCUUUUUAAGUCUUCAAAUUUACAUUUAUCAAAUAUUAGACAAUAUGUCGUGUCCGCUCCAUAAAUCCUAUACUAGUGGAAAAAUUUUCUUCAAACUUUACUCAAAUGUUCACCUCAACAAGGUUAUGUGCAGAAUCCAUGUAACCUUUGUGCUGGCUAAAGGUCAAGGUCACACUUGAAGGUCAAAAAUUGACUUAGAAAAUGUUCUUAAAUUUUAACAUUUACUUGAAUAUUUAUUAAACUAGCGCAGGUAUUUGCUUGAAAUUUACAAGAUAUAUGAGGUGUCACAAAUAAGAUAUGCAGGUCAAGUUUCAUAACUCUGUAUUGCAUUUUGACAAAGUUAUGCUCCUUUUUAAGUCUUUAAAUUUACAUACAAUCAAUACUAGACAAUAUUUUAUGUCCGCUCUAUAAAUUCUUUACUAAUGGAAGGAUUUUCUUCAAACUUUACUCAAAUGUUCACCCAACUGGGCAAUGUGCAGAACCCAUCUUACCCUUGUGCCAGCUUAAGGUCAAGGCCACACUUGAAGGUCAAAAAUAGUCUUAGAAAGUGUCUAGUACAUUGGGAAAAUGAAAGGUUAUUUGUAACUGUUUUAUAUGAUUUAUACUAAUAUCUGAACAAUUAGUCUUUUUUUUCACCAGAGAUAAUUUCCUUUUAUAGAUAUGUAUUUGUGCCACUAAAGUUAUUCUCUUAACCACCUUUCCAAGUCAUCUUCUGUCAAGGACAUUGGUGGGAGUAUGAAUCGCAUUCAGCGAUAGUUCUAGUAACAUUCAGUGAAUGUUUUUAUGCCACCGCAGCAUCUGCGAUGCCGUGGCAUAUAGCGAUUCACCUGUGUGUUUGUUUGUAUGUUUGUUUGUGUGUUCUAUAGAUUAUAAAGUGAACUUAAAAAAUCUACUUGUGAAUAACAACUUGUCCAAUUUCAUCCAAACUUGGCAGGAUUGAUCCUUGGGUGUAGGGCUUCCAAAGUUGUUCAAAGAAUUUCAUUCCAUGCAGAAAUCUGGUUGCCAUGGAAACCAAAAGGAAUUAUAAGAAUAAAUUUAAAAACACUUCUUGUAAAGACCCACAAGGAAUAGAGGUUAGAUAUUUUGCAUAAGGCGUUGUCUGGUAGACCUUUACCAAGAUUGUUCAAAUUAUAGCCCUUGGGUCAAAAUUGGCCCCACCUAGGGGGUCAUUGAUUUUCAUUAUAUGUACAUAUAAUAAAAAAUGAAAAUCUUAUUGUCUGAAGAUACCAGGCUUUAAGCUUUGAUAUUUAGUAUAUGAUAUCAUCUAUAGAUACUCUACCAAAUUUUGUUAAAUUUUGCCUCUAUCCUCAAAAUUAGCCUGCCCCGGGGUCAUAGGUUUUCCUUUUAUGUAUAUAGAACAAUCUUUAAAAAAAAUCAUCUUCUCUAUAUUUACAAAUGCUAGAGGUUAGAUAUUUGCAUAAAACAUUGUGUAGUGAACCUGUAGCAAGAUUUUCAAAUUAUAGCCCUGGGGUUAAAAUUGGCCCCGCAUUGAUUUUCAGAAACUAUGUACAUAUAGUAAAAAUUUGAUAAUCUUAUUGUCUGAAGGUACAAGGCUUAGAUCUUUGAUGUAUGCUUUAUAAUAUCAGCCAUAGGUCCUCUACCAAAGUUGUUUAAAUUUUGCCCCUGGUGUCGAAAUUGGCCCUGCCCGGGGCCAUUGAUUUUCAUUAUGUACACAUAGUAAAAACAGUAACUAAAACAAAUGUUUUCUGAAUUGGAGAAAGCUACAGCUUAGAUAUUUGACAUGUAAUGUUGUUUGGUGGACCUGUAUCAAGAUUGUUUUGAAUUAAACCCUUUGGUCAAAAUUUUGCCUUGCCCAAGGGGACAAUGACCUACUUUCUUGUCCUUUGAUGUACAGCCUUGAAAUUUGGACUAUGUGCACAGUUUUAGUUGUGAAAUUGAACUUUGAUAUCAGGUGACCUAGAUUUUGAUGAUGUUACCUACAUGUACUUUCUUGUCCUUUGAUGUGCAGUUAUGAUAUUUGAACUAUGUGCACAGAUUAAGAUGUGAAGUGAACUUUGAUAUCAGCUGACCUAAAUUUUGACAAAAGGUCUUUCUGUGUUGUCCUUUGAUGUACAGUCAUGGAAUUUUGGCCAUGUGCAAUAUGACCUUCACCACCAAAUUCACUAGACUCAACUGCAUUAAUAGAUUCCUACUCUUAUCUUUUAUUUGAAUAACAAUAGAUUUAACCACUUAUCUGAUAAUAAGAAUUAGAUAGGUCAGUGAUCUAUGCAUUAUGGCAAUCUUCAAUUGUAUAGAAACAAAAAAAAUCUGUUCCUACAUUACUAUUUAGUGCUGUACAUGUAUUAACGUGGUGGCAUAGCAUUAUUCACAAAUGCAAUCUUGUUUAAAACUUGAAAAAAACUGUUGAAAAUUGUUGAACAGACUGGUAUGAAAUUUUCUACAAUUUUGAGCUCGACUUUUCGAAGAAUAUCGAGAGCUAUUGCAGUCGCGUCAGCGUCUGCGUUUGUUAAAUUUUUUUGUAAAGUCAAAUAUCUCAAUUAUUAUGCCCCCACUUCGAAGAAGAGGGGAUAUAUUGCUUUGCACUUGUCUGUCCGUCGGUCCGUAGACCAAAUGGUUUCCGAGUGAUAACUAAAGAACCCUUCGGCCUAGGAACUUCAAACUUUGUAUGGUGAUUGGCCAUGACCAGUAGAUGACCCUUAUUGAUUUUGGAGUCAAGGGGUCAACGGUCAAGGUCACAUUGACCUUGUAAGCAAAAACGUUUUCUGAUCAAUAACUAAAGAACCUUAAGGCCUAGGAACUUCAAACUUGGUAUGGUGAUUGGUCAUGAUCAGUAGAUGACCCCUAUUGAUUUUGGGGUCAAAGGUCAAGGUCACAUUGACCUCUUAGGUAAAAAGGUUUCCGAUCAAUAUCUAAAGAACUUUAAGGCCCAGGAACUUCAAACUUAGUAUGGUGAUUGGUUAUGACCAGCAGAUGACCCCUAUUGAAUUUGGGGUUAAGGGGUCAAAGGUCAAGGUCACAUUGACCUUUAAGGUAAAAACGGUUUCCGAUCAAUUAACUAAAAAUGCUUAGGCCUAGGAACUUCAAACUUUGUAUGAUGGUUGGUCGUGACCAGCAGAUGACCCCUAUUGAGUUUUGGGUCAAGGGGUCAAAGGUCAAGGUCACAUUGACCUUGUAAGUAAAAACGGUUUCUGAUCAAUAACUAAAGAACGCUUUGGCCUAGGAACUUCAAACUUGGCAUGGUGAUUGAUCACGACCAGAAGAUGACCCCUAUUGAUUUUGGGUCAAGGGGUCAAAGGUCAAGGUCACAUUGACCUCUUAUGUAAAAACGGUUUCCGAUCAAUAACUAAAGAACCCUUGGGCCUAGGAACUUCAAACUUUGUAUGAUGAUUGGUCAUGGCCAGUAGAUGACCCCUAUUGAUUUUGGGGUUAAGGGGUCAAUGUCAUAUUGACCUUGUACUUAAUGACGGUUUCUGACCAAUAACUCAACAACUCAAGUUGCCUUGGUUGAUAUUUUAAUAUUAAACUAAAAAUGCUUUUGGUUAUACACAUUUGAAGGUCUUAUGUAAUAUUGCAACUUGGCUGUCAUUAAUGAGGCCUACAUGAUUCAUAAAAUGUAUGCAUAUAUUAUUUGGUAAGAUUUGCAAUAACUUAAAUUGCUGCACGCUGCACACAACCUAUGGGGUCACAAUAAUUAUUACCUUGUGACUAGUCAUGACCAGUAGAUACUAGAUAACCCUUAUUAAUUGUUUGUUCACUGGGUCAGAAGUCAUGCAUAAUAACCUGAUCACAUGACUAAUUGGCUGCCGAUAGGGGGCAUACAUGUUUUACAAACAUAUCUUGUUGCUUGAGAUAUUCAAUUGAAACUUACAAUACUUAUUUUUAGUAACAAUGUACAUCAGAUUGACAAGUUGGAUAUUUCUGCCUAAAAUAUUUACAGAAUUAUGCUCCUUUUUAACUUAGAAAUUUUGGUUAAAGGUUUAAGGUCUUAAGAACUAUCAAAGAUAUUAACUUGAAACUUUACACACGUACUUAGGGUCAAAAUUCAAGGUCACAUCUCAAGAUCCAUUACUCUGUCAUGUAUUUUGACUGAAUUAUGCUUCCUUUUGUACUAAAUUAAUCUCCUUUUCUUGGUUAAGUUUUACAUGCAAGUUUUGCAUAUCUCUGAAACUAUUAAAGAUACAAACUUGAAACUUCAUAUCUAUAUGUGUGGUCAUAUAUAAUGAUCACUGAACAGCACUCAUAUCUGUGUCAAGUAUUUAGGCUGAUUUAUCUCCCCUUUUUUACUUAGUCUCUUGGUUUAAGAUCCUGUAUGUUUUGUGAUUGAUAUUAUUACUGUGUGUAUACCACACUUACAAGAAGUUAUAUAUGUAUAUAAUAAUGCAAAUAAAACAAUUUUCAAACAUCAAAGAAUAUGUAAAAUAUGUACUGCAUAUAUUUGUGCACAUUAUAUGUAAUCAAUAAAUUAUAUGCAUUCAUUUCUUAUUGGAAAAUUUGACUAAGAAUUUAUAGAAAAUAAAUAAUGCUUAUUGGAACUUUCAAUAUUGAUAAAUCUCAAUUUGAACAUCAUAUUUAUGAAAUAAAACCAUAAAAAAUUGUGUUAAAGGAUCUUUAAUGUUAACAUGUAAGUUUUAGACUGGUUUGAUUUUGGUUUUUAAGACAAGGUUUUUAAAUCUAGCAUUCAUAUUUCCAGAAUUAUCUCCUUAAAUUUUUCUUAUUCAUUCUUUUAACUUUCUUUUACUUAAAAUUCAAAAUAAACAUUCAUUAUCAACACUCAUUCAUUAUCAUGUAUGGCAUGUAUGACGUCUUGCAUCUUUAUUUCAAGAGUAACCUCCUCUUUAAGAAUUUUGCUUUUAAAAAUGUUAUAUUUUGGUAACAGAGAUGUUUAAAAAAUUAACUUUAGAGUGUCCUUCAGUCCAUCUGUCUGUCUGUUCAUCAAAACUGUUUCCUGUGAUCACUUGUAAAGAACUGUUCCAACAAAUAUACUUAAAAUAGAGAGAAAAAUUGAAACAUUAGUGAAUAGCCAAUGGCCCUUUAGAAUGUUGCUGGGGUUUUAACCGGUAGGGGACUUAUGAAUUGCUUGCAAUGCUAUGAUAAUUGCUUGUUAAUUUGGAAAUUUGCACAAUUUUAUUGACUUCAUUUGGAACUUUGCUUGUUUAUCUUAAAUAUUUUGGUUUUAUAGGAAGAAUUGGAAUUUAAUAAAUUACUUAAGAUUCAAACAUUGGUUGACUAACAUUUUGUCUAAUAAACUGCAUGUACAUGUAUUUUUAGCUCACUUGUCACAAAGUGACAGGGUGAGCUUUUGUGAUCGCUUUUCGUCCGGCGUCCGUUUGUCCGUCGUACGUCGGUCUGUAAACUUUUUCUUUAAAUGACAUCUCCUCAUAAAGCACUUAGCCGAUUUCAUCCAAACUUCACAGGAAUGUUCCUUUGGUGGUCACCUUUAAAAAUUGUACUAGGAAAUUUAAUUCCAUGCAGAACUCUGGUUGCCAUGGCAACCGAUAGAAAAAACUUAAAAUAUCUUCAAAGAAGUAGAGCUUAGAUAUUUAGCAUGAAACAUCUUCUAGUGAGUGUCUAUCAAGUUUGUUCAAAUAAAAGCCCUGGGGUGAAAAUUGGCCCUGCCCCAGGGGGUUGAUUGACUUUCCCAAUAUGCAUAUAGUAAAAAACUUAAAAAAAAUCUUCUUUUAAAGAACCCAAAGAGCUAGAGCUAAGCUAUUUAACAUGAAACAUCUUCUAAUGGGUGCCUACCAAGUUUGUUCAAAUAAAAGCCCUGGGGUUAAAAUUGGCCCCGCCCCAGGGGGUCAUUGAUUUUCCUUAUAUGCAUAUAGUAAAAAUUUAAAAAAUCUUUCAUUUAAAGAACCCAAAGUGCUAGACCUUAGAUAUUUAUCAUGAAGCAUGUUCUAAUGGGUGUCUACCAAUUUUGUUCAAAUAAGGGCCAUGGGGUCAAAAUUGGCCCCGCCCGGGGGUCAUUGAUUUUCCUUAUAUGUGUAUAGCAAAAACGUAAAAAUCUUCUUAAAAAAAAAACCCUAAUAGCUACAGUUUAAAUACUAAGCAUAAAACAUCUUCUAGUAAGUGUCUACAAAGUUAUUCAAAUAAAAGACCUGGGGUCAAAAUUGGCCCCGACAGGGGGUCAUUGAUUUUAUUGAUGUGUAUAGUAAAAACUUAAAAAUCUUCUUUGAAAAAACCCAAAUAGCUAGAGUUUAGAUAUUAAGCAUGAAACAUCUUCUAGUGACUGUCUACAAAGUUUUUUUCAAAUAAAAGCCCUGGGAUCAAAAUUGGCCCUGCCCCGGGGGGACAUUGAUUUUCCUAAUAUAUGUGUAUAGCAAAAAAUUAAAAAUCUUCUUUGAAAACACCCAAAUAGCUAGAGUUUUGAUAUUAAGCAUGAAACAUCUUCUAGUGAUUGUCUUCAAAGUUUGUCAAAUAAAAGCCCUGGGGUCAAAAUUGGCCACGAACCAGGGGUGUCAUUGCUUUUAACUGUAUGUGUAUAGAAAAAAAAUUUAAAAUUUUCUUUUAAAAAAAUUCAACGAGCUAGACCUUAGAUGUUUAGCAUUAAAUAUGUUCUAAUGGGUGUCUUCCAAGUUUGUUCAAAUAAAAGCCCUGUGGUUUAAACUGGCUUCUCUUAAACCGGAUGGCAGAUUUUGCUUAAACUUCCAGGGAUUAACAACCUUAAUGUGUAGAUGGUAGUAAAGGAAGGAAUGUUUGCUGCGACCAAAUUUAACAGAAUUAUGGCCCUUUGUUGAUUUUUAGUUUUCAACUUGUGGCACAUGUAGUCCAAAAAAUAUUUGACCUAGAGUCAUAAGAUUGACAGAACAGUGGCGUGUGGGGGCAUCCGUGUCCUAUGGACACAUUUCUAGUUUUUAGCUCGACUUUUCUAUGAAAAGGGGAGCUAUCCUACUCGCCCCGGCGUCGGCGUUGGCGUCACACCUUGGUUAAGUUUUUCGUACCACCCCACUUUAUUUCAGAAGUAUUACAAGUAUGGCUUUGAAACUUACCAUACUUGUUCACCAUCAUAACCUCCAUCUACAGACAAGAGUACAUAACUCUGUCAAGGUUUUUGACAGAAUUAUGGCCCUUUUUUGACUUAGAAAGUGUAUUGAGCUUGGUUAAGUUUUUUGUACCACCUCACUUUAUUUCAAAACCAUUGGAGGUAUUGCUUUGAAACUGACCAUACUUGUUUACCAUCACGACCUUCAUCAACAGACAAGAGGACAUAACUCUGUCAAGGUUUUUGACAGAAUUAUGCCCCUUUUUGACUUAGAAAAUACAUUGAAUAUGGGUAAAAUCCACUUAUUGCCUUAACCCUUUGAGAUAUUGCUUUGAAACUUUUAAUGCUAUUUCACAUCAUUACCCCCAUCUGUACGCAAGAGAAGGUAACUCUGUCAAGGAUUUGUUUUAAAAAUUAAGGCCUUUUAUCGACUUAGAAUCUUGGUUAAGUUUUUAGUACCAGUCCACUUUUUGACUGAACUGUUUGAGAUAUUAAUUUGAAAGUUGGAAUACUUGUUUACAAUCAUGAUUCCCAAACAUGUCCAGGAGAAGGUAAUUCUGUCAAAGAUUUUAUUUGAAUUAUGGCCCUUAACUGUCAAUGUUUUGACUUAAACAUUUCAAACUUUGCUGCAGUGUUCAAGGGUAUCACACAAUUCAGUAAAAUAAUUCUUCACUAAAUAUCUUAAUGCUCAUGGCCAUUGUUCACUUUAAAAAUACAGAGAUUCUUGUAUUGCCUUUUACUGCAAAAACUUUUUUUAUUGGCAAGCAAUAAAAAAGUCGAGCGCGCUGUCUUACGGACAGCUCUUGUUAGUUAUAUUA